GGUAAUAUCAUAGCUGGGACGAGCAAAACUCUCACCCAGAUCGUCGUUGGGAGGCUGAUCAGUGGUAUCGGGGGUGCAGGACUAAUGUCUGUGGUUUGCAUUUUGGUUUCGCAACUUACCCAUGAACGCCAGCGUGCGACAUACAUGAACCUCAUCAAUGCCGUCUUCAUCAUAUCGGACGCGGUAGGACCGAUCCUUGGUGGUGCUCUGGCAAACUCCGGGAAUUGGCGAUGGAUGCAAGUCUCUUCUACGAUGCACAUUCGUUCCCUACGCGAUGUGUUUUUCAAAGUUGACCUGCUCGGGAUGAUUACUCUCGUCUCGUGCCUUUCCUUCCUUGUGGUCGCACUCAACUCC